AGACUAGCGACGAGCUUCAAAGUCGACGGUCUACCAACGGACGUUUCUGAACUCCGGUUUCUCACCGGUGGUAAACACAAAUGAACUCGGAGAUGGAGAUGGAGGAUCCUCUCAUUGUUCAGAUUCUACCCGACCACCGAACCUCGCCGCCGUCGCCGACGUACAUUUUCACUAAGCCCAAGCCGAAACCCUCGAAACCGAUUCUCCUGCUAAUCUUCGCUUCCGUCGUUUCCUUCGCUAUGACGUUAGGGAUACUUUUUGUUUUCUAUUCAGUUCUGUUCUCUGGAUGGAAUCACAGAAGCUCGUUCCGGUACAGCGUCGUGAUCGAUGCCGGAAGUUCUGGGACCCGAGCUCACGUGUUCCGGUACUGGCUCGAAUCCUCCGGGAAACCGGUUUUCGAUUUCGGUAAGGAGAAUUACGCUAGCUUGAAGCUGAAUCCUGGAUUGUCUUCGUAUGCUGAUAAUCCGGAAGAAGCUAGCGUGUCACUGAAGGAACUCGUGGAAUUCGCCAAAGGGAGGGUUCCGAAGAGAAUGUUGAAGAACAGUGACAUUAGGUUGAUGGCCACUGCUGGGAUGAGAUUGCUUCAAGAAACUGUUCAGGAACAGAUUCUUGAAGUUACCAGAGGAGUUCUCAGAUCUUCUGGUUUUAGGUUUCGAGACGAAUGGGCAUCGGUUAUCUCUGGAUCUGAUGAAGGUAUGUAUGCUUGGGUUGUUGCAAAUUAUGCACUUGGUUCGCUUGGAGGUGAUCCUCUGCAAACAACGGGGAUUAUUGAACUCGGUGGAGCUUCUGCGCAGGUGACAUUCGUGUCAAGUGAGCCUGUGCCUCCUGAGCUCUCGCGUACGAUAACCUAUGGAAAUGUUUCAUACAAAAUCUACAGUCACAGCUUCCUCCACUAUGGACAGGAUGCAGCACAAAAAGAUCAUUUGGAAUCACUCCAGAACUCAGGGGAAGGAAUAGUUACUGAUCCUUGUACUCCUAAAGGAUACAUUCUAAACAAAAAUUCACACAAGGAUUCAUCUGGAUUCUUAGUUGAGGAAUACAAACUUACAGCCUCGGUUCAAGCUGCUGGUGAUUAUUCAAAAUGCCGAUCCGCUACAUUAGCAAUGUUGCAGGAAGGAAAGGAGAAUUGUUCUUCUAAGCAUUGUUCUAUUGGAUCAACAUUCACACCUGAUCUUCAAGGAAGGUUUUUAGCUACAGAAAAUUUCUACUACACCUCCAAGUUUCUUGGGCUAGAAGAAAAGAAUUGGCUGUCUGAAAUGAUUUCAGCCGGCAAGAGUUUCUGUGGAGAAGAAUGGUCGACACUGAAAGCGAAAUACCCAAAAACAAAAGAAAAAUAUUUGCGUGGAUAUUGCUUCUCAUCAGCAUAUAUUAUCUCAAUGCUUCACGAUAGUCUUGGCUUUGCUCUUGAUGAUCAAAGAAUCAAGUUUGCAAAUAAAGCAGGAGAAAAAGGCAUAUCACUAGACUGGGCACUGGGAGCUUUUAUCCUAAAUACUCCCACGGCAACUUGUGAUUACUUUGCCAAAUCUAGAAAAAUGCUUAGCUGAAAUAUUAGUUUGCUAUGAUAUAUCAUGUUUCCAAUAAAACACGUAAGUUAUGUCAUGUAGAUGUAAUUUACGUUAAACUGUGUU